UGCGCCACAAUUUCUCUCCCGCCCAAAAUCUUUCCCACCAAUCCAGCUUAUUCCGAUAAUGAGAGUGAGAGAUAAGGAGAGGUUAAGGCAUUGAUGAGAAGCUUUGUGUUUUUUAAUUCAUGAUAAUGAUGAUAUGAUAUUUGGUGGCGUUUAGGGUUUUGCUUCUCUUAUUUAACCCUACCUCUUCUCCAUUUUCCCAUUCGUCAACUUUUUCCUUUAAUUUCCUGGGCUCAUCGUCGGAAUCCAUACCCGAAAACUAGCGCCACAUCCUUUGGCCAAAGCUUCUUUUGGGGACCAGAAAACAAGUGCAGGCGGGGGUUCAAUUCCCGAGGGAGUGAAUAAAUUUUUCAGAAUCCUCGAGCAUAAACAAAGAACGAGUGAGCUAGCUAAACCAGUUUGAUUCAUAAAUCAUAACACCAUUCGGUAUAUUUGAAGAAGAAGAAAACGAAGAAGAAGGGUAUAGAUAAUUCCCUGUUGGAGGAAGAUUGAAUUACACGGCCCAGAUCUUUAUCGGUUUAAGAAGGACUGAAUAGCAACAAGCUGGAUAACAUGAACACAUUCUCACAUGUUCCCCCUGGUUUUCGGUUCCAUCCCACUGAUGAAGAACUCGUUGAUUACUACCUUAGGAAGAAGGUUACUGCAAGAAGGAUUGACCUUGAUGUUAUUAAAGAUGUCGACCUCUAUAAAAUCGAGCCAUGGGAUCUGCAAGAAUUAUGCAGGAUAGGGACUGAAGAGCAAAGUGACUGGUAUUUUUUCAGCCAUAAAGACAAGAAGUAUCCAACUGGAACUCGAACAAAUAGAGCCACUGCAGCUGGGUUCUGGAAAGCUACCGGAAGAGACAAGGCCAUUUAUGCAAAGCAUGACUUAAUUGGGAUGAGGAAGACCUUGGUGUUUUACAAAGGUCGAGCCCCAAAUGGACAAAAGUCGGAUUGGAUCAUGCAUGAAUACCGCCUUGAAACGGAUGAAAAUGGAGCUCCCCAGGAAGAAGGAUGGGUUGUGUGUAGGGUUUUCAAGAAGAAACUCCCAAGCAUGCGAAGGAUGAGUGAACAUGAAUCCCCUUGUUGGUACGAUGAGCAUGUCUCCUUCAUGCCAGACUUGGAUUCACCAAAUCACAACAACUCUAACAGCACCAUCAACAGCCAGAUGGCAUACCAUGGGCACUUUCCAAACUAUCCUUGUAAGAAGGAGCUAGAUCACUUGCCAUUUCAGCACCAUGUUCCAAAUGAGCACUUCUUCCAGCUCCCACUGCUAGACAGCCCAAAGCUACUACUUCAAUCUUCAUCCAGUGCUGGUGUGAGUUCAAAUUCUAUGACAGCAGCUGCAUAUAACAUUGACAUUAACCAAAACUUUCAAGCAGUGUAUGGUAACAACAGCAAUGAGCUGCAAGCUGUUGAUGACGAUCAACUGACUGAUUGGCGAGUGCUUGACAAGUUUGUAGCUUCACAACUCAGCCACGAUGAUGUUUCAAAGGGAAAUAGCUAUUCAUGAUAAGCUUGAUCGGGACAAGCAAGAUAUUAACAAUGUGUGCCGCCGGAUGCCUCAAUUUGACAACCUUUGGUUGUCAAGUUCAAUGUGGAAGUGAUGACACCUUGAAAUCAUUGAAUAGUGUAUACUCUAAUCAUAGGAUUUUAAGUCCAUAAGGGAAAGUGGAGGUUAUUGAUCAUGAUCUCUCAAAGUUCCUGUACAUUAAUAAUCUAUAAACAAUAUAACCUAAACUCUGAUGAUGAACUUCUUGUCUAAGUAGUAAGUUAAGUCCACCAUGCCAUUGUUACGUACACUUGUAAGAUGGGUAUAUAUAUAGUUAGCAGGUGGACUCAAAGUGAAUUUGAUGUAAUUGAACGAUUGAAGUAUUAUUAGUUGU